AAUCACUCGGAGUAUUUUAAUUUUGUUUUCUUUAUUUUUUCUAGUUGAAUGAUUUGUUCGGAAUAUCUAUUAUCAGCAAAUUAUCGAUGAGUGAUGAGUGAAAGUAAUCGUCGACGUUUAUUUGAAUUACUCAAGAUUGAAGGCAAUCAACGAUGUGCAGAUUGUCGCGAUGAUAGUCCCGAAUGGGCAUCAUAUACGCUUGGUGUAUUUCUUUGUACUCAAUGUGCAAGUAUUCAUCGUAAGAUGGGCAUUCAUAUCAGCCGUAUUAAAUCGCUCAAAUUAGAUAAUUGGGAAAUAUCACAUGUACAAACCAUGGAAAAUAAUGGUAAUUGUCGUUCGAAUGUUUAUUAUGAACGUCAUGUUCCAUUAUAUUAUCGCCGUCCGAAUCCACAUGAUCCACAUGUUUUACGCGAACAAUGGAUUCGUGCUAAAUAUGAACGGAAAGAAUUCAUUUCCGAGCCUAUGACUGAAUAUGCAGAUGAUUAUCUCGAAGGAUUCCUAUAUAAACGUGGCAAAGAGGAUGGAAAAUUUCUUCAACGAAAAUUCGUUUUAUCAUCGGUGGAAGGGACACUCAAAUAUUUCAUUAAAGAAACAAGCAAAACACCGAAAGCUGUGAUUAAAGUUGUAUCGGCUAAUGUUACAUUUUGUACGAAUAAAAUUAAUAAUCCGAAUGCCUUGCAAAUAUCCUGGAAUAAAGAUGGCUUUACACGAAGUAUUUUUGUCUAUAGCGAUUCGGGCAAAGAUAUUAUUGAUUGGUAUACCGCUAUACGUGCAACAAAACUUCGCCACCUACAGAUUGCCUUUCCCGAAGUUCCAGUUGAAGAGCUAAUACUCUGUUUAAGUCGCGAUUAUCUUAAAGAAGGUUAUUUAUGGAAAACUGGUCCACGUUCAUCUGAUUCAUAUAAAAAACGGUGGUUUAUUCUUGAUGAAAAUCGAAAACUAAUGUAUCUCGAACAUCCACUGGAACCAUAUCCUAAAGGUGAAAUUUUUAUCGGCGAUUCUAGUGAAGGAUAUUCCGUACAGAUGGGAAUCAUUAACGGCAUGAAAGAUUUUGAACAAGGACAUUCAUUCACAUUAAUAACUCCGGGCCGGAAUUGGUGUAUGGGCGUCGAAACAGCCGAUGAAAUGCAACAAUGGAUACAAGCCCUAGAUUCGGUGAUCAAUCGUAGAUCAUCGAUACCGAAUGAUGCAAUGAAGGAAUCUGCACGUAAUGAUCUCCGUGAUUCCUACAUUAAACGAAAUUCCAAUUUAUUGGAUCAAUUCAAAAGGAUAGUCAAAUAAAUGGAAAACAUGGAAAAACAAAUGAAAAUGAAAACUGAAUGCUGAAUGGUCACGUUACAUAAUUAUUAACGUCCUUUUUUGCACAUCAUUUUUUUAUAUUUUGUAUAUUCAUAUAAAAUGAUAAUAAUAAUAUUGAUUAUCCAUCAACUACACUACACUACAU